AUGUAGAUUUAUGGACUAUAGGGAUAUUUUUAUAUGAAUUAUUAGUUGGAAAACCGCCUUUUUAUUCAAAAAAUUAACAAAGUCUAUAUAAAUUAAUAGUAAAUAAUAAAUAGUAUUACCCUAAUUAUAUGUCAAUAGAAGCAUAAGAUUUAAUUUCUAAAUUAUUAAAAAGCAAUCCAAAUAAUAGAUUGGGCUCUAAUGGUAUUGAUAAUAUAAAAAAACAUCCUUUUUUUAAUAAUAUGGAUUGGAAUAUAAUUCUUAAAAAAGAAAUGA